GUGAAUGGAGGCACCAUGAACAUUUGGGAGGUGAUCCUGGCUUUCUUGAUUGUGGUGCUCAUCCUUGUGUCGUUGCUGUCCAAUGUGUUGGUGCUGAUCUGCUUUCUGUAUAGUGCAGAUAUUCGCAAGCAAGUCCCAGGAUUGUUUAUCCUCAACCUGACCUUCUGCAACUUGUUGAUGACUGCUUUGAACAUGCCCCUCACUCUGGCUGGGAUCAUUUACAAGAAUCCACCAGGAGGAGACCAGCUUUGCCACAUAGUAGGUUUUUUAGAGACUUUUUUGACUACCAACUCCAUGCUGAGCAUGGCAGCUCUCAGCAUUGACCGGUGGAUAGCAGUGGUGUUUCCUCUAAACUAUCAUUCCAAGAUGCGCUACAAAGAUGCUGCCCUCAUACUGAGCUACACGUGGUUUCACUCAGUGUCCUUCCCAAUCGUGGCAACUUCUCUUUCUUGGGUGGGAUUCCACCAUCUUUAUGCCUCCUGCACCCUGUACAAUAAGAGACUGGAGGACAGGACCCAGUUUAUGAUUUUCACAGGCAUUUUUCAUUCCUUCAGCUUCCUCCUCUCUCUCAUAGUUUUGUGUUUCACAUAUCUAAAAGUGCUGAAGGUGGCACGCUUUCACUGUAAAAGGAUUGACGUGAUUACUAUGCAGACCCUUGUGCUCCUUGUGGACAUCCAUCCCAGCGUAAGGGAGCGAUGUCUAGAAGAACAGAAGAGACGGAGACAACGAGCAACCAAGAAGAUCAGUACAUUUAUUGGCACUUUUAUACUUUGUUUUGCGCCGUAUGUAAUCACAAGAUUAGUAGAAUUGUCAUCAAUAGUUCCCAUCAAUGCUCACUGGGGAGUUAUUUCCAAAUGUCUGGCCUAUAGCAAAGCUGUUUCAGAUCCCUUUGUUUAUUCUUUGUUACGACAUCAGUAUAAGAAGACAUGGAAAGACAUAAUAAAUAAGAUGCUGAAAAGAGGCUCAAUAAAUUCAUCAGCUCUCACAAGUGAAUCACAAAGUCGAAAUUUUUUGCAAGGGAAUGAAUGA